AUGACAAGUUACAAAUUUUUAAACAUCACUUAUAGGAAAAUAUGUGCAGAAGCAAAAUUGCUAAUAGCAACAUACAAUGACACCAUUUCUAAUGUCGAUGUUGAAGUAAAUCUUCAGAACUAUAGAGAAGCAGUGGAUGCAUACAAAGAAUGGGAGAAAAGUUUGGUUUGUCUAGCGCAGUACUACGACAAAAUAUUCCAGAAUUAUAGCGAGGAAGAUCGCGAUGCUAAAGGCAGUGAAAUUCAACUUCGUAUGAUCCACUAUUUCGGAAAAUCCCUACAGUACGGUUCUAACUAUGUGUACCAGUCAAUGCCUCGGCUACUGUCAAUUUGGUUCGACUACGGCACGAGACUUCUCGAUGUUACUAUAAGUAGCAUCAAAGACGAGAGGAAGAACACGUUACUUAAAAUGACCAAAUUGAUAGAUUCUUUCUUGGAAAGACUUCCAGCUUUUGCGUUCUUGACAGCUUUUUCACAACUCGUGUCAAGAAUAUGCCAUCCUCAAAGAGAGGUUUACAUGGAACUGAAAUCGAUCAUAAUAAAGCUCCUUCAACAAUACCCCCAACAAAGUCUGUGGAUGAUUAUUUCAGUCAUAAAGUCGAGUUACACUUUUAGAUCAAAAAGAUGUGCUGACAUUUUAUGCGACCCACGUCUUAAAACUAACACGAUGGUCAGGCUGGUUAAGGACUUUACCAGUCUAGCAGAAAAACUGAUCGAACUUUGUAACAAGGAGAUUCCUACCGACGUUAACUCAACUAAAGUUAGUUCCUUGUUAAGAUCGCUUCCUAGACUGUUGCAAAAGGACGAUUUUAGUGAAAUAAUGAUGCCAACACAAAAAUUUAGAAAACUGAUCCUUCCAAACCCAGAUUUUAAAAGUAGCCAGCACAACCCGUUCCCUAACCAUUACGUGCAUAUCGUAGGUAUAGAAGACGAAGUCACUAUAUUACAAAGUCUUCAAAGGCCUAGGAAAAUCACAUUAAAAGGAUCAGAUGGAAAAGGGUACAUCUAUAUGUUGAAGCCGAAAGACGAUCUACGAAAGGACUUCAGGCUCAUGGAAUUCAACGAUAUCGUAAACCAUUUAUUGGCUCGUGAACCCGAGGCCAGGCAAAGAAGACUGAAUAUUAGGUUAUAUUCGGUGGCGCCGCUUAACGAGGAAUGUGGGCUUAUAGAAUGGGUUCCAGAUCUUGUUGGUCUUAGGCCAAUACUUAUUACGUUAUAUAAGCAAAGAGGUUCAGCCAUGAAAGCUAAGGAAUUGAAGGAGGCAUGUUGUCACAUUCGCGAUCCUUUAGAAAAAAAGAGAGACGUGUUUACUAAAAAGUUAUUACCCCGUCACCCUCCCGUUUUAGGAGAGUGGUUUAGAAAGACAUUUCCCGAUGCCCAGAGCUGGUUAACUGCCAGAACAGCAUACAUUCGUACGACUGCCGUCAUGUCCAUGGCGGGUUACAUUUUGGGACUGGGCGACCGACAUGGCGAGAAUAUCCUGUUAGACGCUACUUGUGGGGAUUCUGUACAUGUUGAUUUCAAUUGUUUGUUUAACAAAGGAGAGGCGUUCGAUUGGCCUGAACGGGUUCCUUUCAGACUGACCCAUAAUAUGGUAUCGGCUAUGGGCCCCCUAGGAGUGGAGGGAAUAUUUAGAAAAUCGUGCGCUUGUACCUUACGAGUCUUACGAAGUAAUGCCAACACCUUAAUGUCGAUUGUCACACCGUUUGUAUACGAUCCUUUGGUUUCUUGGCCUCGAAAUAUGCCCCCGCUGCAAAGCGUACACAACUCCGAAAAAACGAAUGAACAGGCUGUAGACCACAUUAAAAACAUUGAACUGAGGUUGCAAGGCAAAGUGAAAACUAGGAACCGAACAGUGGUCUGUCCCCUCUCAGUAGAAGGACAGACAAAUUAUUUGAUCAAUGAAGCUAUAAGUGUUGACAAUCUGUGCCAAAUGUAUAUAGGCUGGGGCCCUUAUUUAUAAGUGUUAUAUUUACAAGUAUGUUAUAUUUAGAAGGCUGUUAUUUUGAUAAAUAAAGUAUUUUCUUAUUU